AUGCCAAUGCUUAAAGUCUUUGAUGAUCCACCGUUUCAUUGUCGGUCAGAAUUUGUUGAUGCUUUUCGUCAGCUUCUGGAGGCAGGGUCUCGACUUUAUGCACAGCCUCAAUAUAGCUCAUGUAGUUCUGUAGCGACCCUUCCGACUCGUCCUCGAUGUCGCGUUGGGCCAGUACGAUAUUAUAUCAUCGACUUUGAGAGCGCUCAGGAAUGCCCGGAAGGCAAAGAGAAUGCCGAGGCUAAGAGGCCUCUCCGAUGUGGUACAAAGACGUCACCCGAGUUUUCUCUCUGUCUUCCGUGCAAUCCAUUCAAAUUAGAUGUGUACAACGCUGGCGCCACAUUCUUCGAACUUUGUGAGAGAUAUCAUGGGAUGGAUGAUUUAAGGCCCCUUCUACUCGAGAUGAUGUCUGACGAUCCGUUCGUCAGACCUAAUAUGGCAGAGGCUCUAAGAAGGCUCGACGAGCUCGUGUCCUCGAAGGACAAAUUAUGGCUUCGCGGUCAGAUCUGGAAGCUUCGCGGAUUGGUAAAACCUUCUUCACAUAUGGUCCAGUAUCUGUGGCGGAAGUUUCCGGUACUUCUUCCUUAUUUCUGA